GGAGUGAUAGACCACUGUAUGUGCCUGUGUGUGCUUGCAGUAAUGGCAGAAAGCAGUAUUUUAUGGGCUCAGGAUCAGUUCAGUUGUCCGAUCUGUCUGGAUCUACUGAAGGAUCCAGUGACCAUCCCCUGUGGACACAGCUACUGUAUGAACUGCAUCACAGACUGCUGGAAUCAAGAUGAUCAGAAGAGAGUUUACAGCUGCCCUCAGUGCAGACAGACCUUCACUCCAAGACCUGCUUUAAACAAGAAUGUGGUGUUUGCUGAAAUGGUGGAGAAACUGAAGAAGAUCGAAGUCCAAACAGCUCGCCCUGCUCCCAGUUACGCUGGACCUGGAGAUGUGGAGUGUGACGUCUGCACAGGGAGAAAAUACAAAGCUGUCAAGUCCUGCCUGUUGUGCCUGAACUCUUACUGUCAGUGUCACCUAGAACAACAUGACAGUUUCUUUAAAGAUAAGAGACACAAUUUGAUAAAUGCCACUAGUCGACUCAAGGAGAUGAUCUGCUCUCAACACGACCGACUGCUGGAGGUUUACUGUCGCACAGACCAACAAUGUAUUUGUUUGCUGUGUACAAUAAAUGAGCAUACAAGUCAUGACACAAUUUCAGCUAAAGCAGAGAGGACAGAGAAGCAGAAACAGCUGUCAGACAUUCAAAGAAAGCUCCAGAAGAGAAUCCACGAAAGAGAGAAAAAUAUUCAGGAGCUGAAAGAAGCUGUGAAGACACAUAUGCGCUCUGCACAGGCAGCAGUGGAGGACAGUGAGAGGAUCUUUACUGAACUGAUCCGCUCCAUUGAGAGAAGACGCUCUGAGGUGAUACAGAUGAUCAGAGAUAGAGAAAAGACUGAAGUGAGUCGAGCUGAAGAACUCUUGAAGCAACUGGAGCAGGAGAUUGAUGAUCUAAGGAAGAGAGACACUGAGCUAAAUCAUCUUUCACACACAGAUGAUCACAUCCAUUUUCUACAGAGUUUUCAGUCUCUCUCUGUUCCUACUGAAUCCACAAAAAACAUCAAUGUCAGUUCUCUCCUAUCUUAUGAUGAUGUUGGUGAAUCUGUCUCUAUGCUAAGAGAGAAACUUGAGGACCUCUGCAACGAGGAGAUGCACAAGAUAUCUGGUAGAGUGACAUGCAUGGAGAUUGUUGCCACAUCAGAACUCAAGAUCAUAGAUGAAUUCUUGCAAUAUUCCUGCCAGCUCACCCUGGAUCCGAACACUGCACAUAAAUAUCUCCGUCUGUCUGAAGGCAAUAGAGUGGCUACAUUUACUGCGGCUGAUCAGCAGUAUCCUGUUCAUCCAGACCGAUUUCAUGGUUUUUCUCAGGUGUUGUGUAGAGAGAGUGUGUGUGGACGCUGCUACUGGGAGGUGGAGUGGAGUGGGGUGGCUGGUGUGGGAAUCUCAGUGUCGUAUAAGAGCAUCAGCAGGAAAGGAGAGGGUGAUGAUUGUGUAUUUGGAUUUAAUGAUCAGUCCUGGAGAUUGUCCUGCUCUGACUCCAGUUAUGCAUUCAGACACAAUCAGAAAGAGAUUAAACUCCCUGUGGUCUCCAGCUCCCAUAGAAUAGGAGUGUAUGUUGAUCACAGAGCAGGGAUUCUGUCCUUCUACAGCGUCUCUGACACAAUGACCCUCAUCUACAGAGUCCAGACCACAUUUACUCAACCGCUCUAUCCUGGGUUUGCCAUCAAUUUUGAAUCAAGAGUGAAACUGUUGUCUUCACAAAUUCUAUGAAUAAUAGUGGCAUAUUUAGCAUCAUGAUAAAGGGGAUGGGUAUUGCAGACCUGCCAACCUGUACGCAUUUUGCGUAGCGGCUACGCAUUUUGGCCUCAAAGUACGCUGGUACGAUUUGUCACCUUUAAACUACGCAAAAAUCUAGUGACGCCCCUGUCCAUGCGCAGUAUUCAAAACAAGCAACAGAAAAAGAUGAAGAGUUCAACCAAUCAGAGCGUUUUUUUAUUUGUUUUGCUUUUAAAUAAUUUCUCUCCUAGUAGCCUAUAGUUUAUGGUUUCAGUUCAAAGCGGCUCGCGCUCACCCCGUCAGAUGCUCUGACAGAAAGGCUGUGUGUGUGGCUGACGGAGACGCGCAGUUUAAUGUGUUGGAGAUGUGCUGUUUUCCAUAUAACUGAAUGCUUAUUGAGUAGUUGAUGGUAGGUGCCAUUGCAGUUAACUUGCCUAAUCUUUAACGACACUGAUUCUCUUUACUAAUUGGUCCAAUAGGGAUUUUUGAUGACCUACAUUGCUAAUAAUUAUGUGUGUAGAUGGAUUUUAUUUUGGAAUUAUACAGUAGCUAUACCAGACUCAUAUUUGCACUUGCAACUUCUGAUUGUCAUAUGUCCCCAUUUAAAAGGACUGUGCUGCACAGUUACUGCCAUUUCCCUAACUAACUUUCAAAGUUCCAACUGCAAUGGCACCUACCAUCAACUACUCAAUAAGUACCUUGGUCCAUGUUUAUACCCCCCAACUUGAGAAAACGAGGUCAUGGUAAGAAUGUUUGGUUGAGUGCAUCAGACAAGACUAUGAAGUGCUGCAGUAGCCUCUAGUUUUAGAAGUUAUUACACAUGCACCUGAAUAAUUCUGUAUGCAAAUAUGUAUGUUACAAUUAUGAAAACAUUUUUAUAAUAAAUUGCUGACAGUA